GCAAAUGAGGAGGGAGAAGCUCAGGGGGAAAAGGGAGACGGCGCAAAGUAGGGGAGCAAUCAAAGGAGGGAAGAGAGGGAGGCGAAUCAGAGGAACAAGCUGCAGGACAGAGGAUCUAUAUAAACAGACGAGGGCGGCAAAUCAGGUUCGACACAGGCAUGGGCCAGCAAAUAGGACCACAGUCAGCCCUGGGCGGAUCUGCGAUCUGCUGCCUGGAUGCUGCAGAUGGACUGACUGGCGCUGUCGAGGGGCUGCAGGCGACAGGCGACAGGCGAAUGGGCGGCCCGCGGGAGCGGACGGAUGACGAGGGCCUCGUUCAAACGCUCGGCGUCGAAUCAGAGAUGACGGCCAGUCAGAAGCAAGGCAAGGCAGGGCAAGGCAGGGCAAGGGCAGGACAGCUCAAUGCGCAUCAGCCGAAGCGUCGGGUCAAACGGGCUUGGCUGAACCCUGUUUCAGCAUCAUGGAAAGCAUCUUGGGAGCAAGUGCCAGUUGUACAAAAAAGGGGGCCAAAGACGCACGUCUCCUCGCUUCUUCUCUGGCACUUCCAGAACAAUGCUCACGUUGAUGGACCUGCAGCUCUGCAUCCCGCCGAGUCGAGACGAAAAGCCCGUGAGGGAUUCCUUUGGUGCCCGUGGCUGCUUCUAGCUCCCGAGGCGGAUGGUGUGGCACGACUCCAGCGCUGA